AUGCCAAACCGUGCGUGGGAAGACCCUCUUGAGGCUUGUUACGACACGGAGCUGUUUGAUGCCUUGCUUGGGACGGAGGAGAGCAUCUCGGCCACAAUUCGACAGGAGAAAGUAUCCACUGUAUUUUCAAAUGUGUUCAUGGUUGGAGGCUCGCUCUUUUCCCGUCGCCGUGCAGCGGCUAUGGCACGCUCACACAGCACUCGCCUCCGUGGAGUAUUUCUUUCGUGGAUUGAUUACGGUUCCAUCUAUUGCCCAUUUACGCGGCAGUUUGUUUCACUGCGUUCAGCACACUGGUCCCACCUCGUUGCAGCUGGAUUCGGCAUCGACAGUCGCCUGCGACAUGGUCGAUGCGUCGUAUUGGUGCGUCCAGAGAAACUGGAAAGGCUGGCGUACGACGUGCAAAAGUGUCAGACGGCACCACACCAACCGAAGGACAAAAAGUCAUCACAUCCACUGGCGCUAUGGAGUCCUUUGCUUCAGGAGUCGCUGGGUGGACUCUUAAAAACGAUUUCGGUUGGGGACACCAACGCUGUGGUCCAGCGGGUGCGUGAAUUUCUUUCUGACGCAAAUUGCGCCUGGACAAAUCGACGAAUUCCACUUUCUUUCUAUGAUCUUGAUUUGGAUAAGAGACGCAUCCUUCGGUGGGCCCCUGGUAACGAGAAGGACCCAAUGAAUAGCGACCGUGGGGUCUCCACAGAGGAAGUCAUGAAAUUCGGUGAGAGUUAUUUGCAUCAAUGCCUGCAAUGGCGCGCGUCUGUUUUGCAAAAACGGAAAAAAAUAACAUUUUUAAAUAUGGAGACGAUUGCACUAACGCCAUUGGCACCUGUGACUUUUGCGAUUUCACCUCAAAAAGGAAGGGCGGCGGCUCUCAUUGAUCAACACUCAACCGUAAAUGUUGCCCCAUUUGUGGUGCCCAACAGUCGAAUGGCUUAUCUUUCCCUCACAUACAAUCCAAAGAUGCCUCUUCUUGAGGCGGCGGUGACAACAAUCCUAGGAGCCCGUUUCUCCGAGGAAAUUUUCUACUGCCCUUUGGAGCACUGCGUUGACUACAGCACGCUCAUGGAUGUGCAAGCCUACCGCUUGCAGUGGAGUUCAUUCGGGACUGUUAAACUGGAGGAAAGCACUCCGUUGCUUCAUCUUGGGAUGCAUAUGGACCCAUCGAAGAAUCCACCACCACCCACCAUCCCUCUUGUUGUUAUUAGCAAUGCGCAUCUAUUGUCAAAACGGGCGAUCACGCGCCUAUUGGAGCAGUGGACGCGCAAUGGCCUGGCGUGGAAUACAGAGAGCCGCCAUUUAAGAGCAACGGGUCAAAGCAAGCGGGAAGUACUGCUUCGCACAGGUAAUCUGAUGCGAACGAUAGACGCUGGUGCUCCCCUCUUUGGGAAUGUUUAUGCUUUGUUUGUUGGUUAUUCUCCUUACUGCGAUCAAACCCCCAUUUUUGAUGACAAACACGUUGUUGCAGAAAUACAAGGAAAGAAUGCUCGUGUAAGUGUUCUUGCCCCCGUACCUGGGGCCAUGUUUUUUCUUGAGGAACCACUUGUUGAAGCAUUAAGGCGUGUGGCGCGUCGUUUCCAGGAGUCCAUGAAUGCCACCGAACGGACAAUUUUUAUCGAGGAACUUUGCGAUGCGAUGAGUCGUAUUAUUGUCCCCGCUGUUGAGGAAGUGAAAGAACAUGAAGUGACAUGCAGUGAUAUCAUCCACCGGCACGGAACCAGUGGCGUCAAGCUUUAUGAGUUGGAGGAGGAAGAUAUGCUCUUUCUUUUUAAAGAGGCUUGUGAGGCAUUUUUAACAGAACCUGCGGGAAAACGGGACGUCGGUCUUUUACCGUACGAGCAGCUUCUUUGUCGUUACCCGAAGUUUGCUGCAAUGCGUGUGCGCCACAACCUUCUUUGCGAGUAUCCAUUAAAAAUUGAGGGUACGGAAAGUCACAGUGAAUUUCUUUUUACAGGGCCAAGCAAAUCCAUGGAAAGCGUGUGUAAAGAACGUCUUUUUCCAGUAAAGCAACACAGUACUGUCGUAGAGAGUCGUCGACGUGCUGUGGAACUUGCCGGUGUGGAACAUGAUGCUUGUAAACGAGCAUACGUUCUAAAUCGAACACUACGGUCCAUAUCGCAUGCAUUCACAGGCUGUUCCAUUUUUCCUACUACUUCAACCUCCAAUCAUUUUCGGAUGCACGCUUCUGAUAAGAAGCACCAGUUGAUAGUUGAGCAACGCUAUGAUCCUUUUUUUGAACCUCCUGUGUUGCUUGGCUGCUGGACACGUACUCUUCUCUUUUGUGCACCCAUGGCCGCGGACAUGUUGCCCCUGCGCUGUCUUCUCUACGGCGAUUUGAUUGCAGCUGAAGAGCAAAAUAAGACGUUUGUGGUGGUCGAUGUGGACGUGUUUCAUGUUGAUUACGUUUCCUAUCCACCUGACCGUCGUUGUCGUCUCUUCGGCAUCCGACUUCGGUAUAAUUCAAACCUUGACACAGAUGAAGGCUGCGACGUGCGGGAAGCAGCGACAAGGGCACUACAGGAUGCACUAGUGAAAAGUGCCGUGGAGGCGAGGCUAUUUCCCAUAUGGACACAUGAUAUUUCCUCUACGAAGCGGCACAACCCUAAUGAAAAGAAAUUAUCACAUGGAUAUACGACUGAAGGUGGGCGCAGCUUUUUGCCUCAUUUUUACUUUGAGGAACUAGAUGAAUGCGUAUCAGCUGCUAUUCCUAACCUUGUCGAGAGACGCAUAUUCGCGUUGGCUAUGGCUCAACGUGGACCCCUGCUUCUCACCAUCGGGACUCCGGUCGUGGCGUUGCGAACUUUUUCGUCACAUAUAACGCGUGGGGCGUGGUGUCGUGUUGUGCGAUUUGUACCAAUCAAGGAGUUUUUGUCGCACGGAUCUUUACAAUUGCCAGUGCAGGUUGCUUCGUCCUGUGACUGUGCGGCAGACCUGUCCCUUGCGCGGCGUUACUUUCAUCACCAACGAGGUAGCAACUCGGUGCCUGUGCUGCAGCCCAUUUUGGACGGUGCCGAAAGGCUGACAGAGGCGAUGGAAACGGUGGUGCUCCCUGCCGCCAUGCUGGUGGGUGGCUACCACUCACUCCACUACUACGCCCUUCCCACGGUGCAGCUCCCACUCCUGGCGCCGUGCCAGUACGCCGCGGCGUCAACUCUUUUUCAUCCACUUUUUGCACAUGAAGACAGCUUGAUGGAGUUUGUUUCAAUGGAGAGUCGCGCAAAGGCGGUGGAGAUGAUGAUGAUGAGCCCAUUGUCGUCGUUGUCACCACAACGCUCUGGAGGGUUUCUUUGUAACGACUUCUUUGAGGAUGUCGAGCCCUCAACACAAAACACGAAGGAUGAAAUAUGGCAGCAAGAAGAGAAAGAAGGAAAGGCCCGCAAAUACCGCGCAAUGCAGUCUGAUGUGUUGUCGGCGCUGUCUCUUUUCCCUUUAAGUUAA